AUGAUGCACCUUCUCACACCGCAUUUCUCUCCUUCCCCGUCCCCCUCUUAACCCCUUCUUACAUUUUUCUUCUCAAUUUUUUUUUUCUCAUUUUUAGACUGCGCCUCUCUCCCUCUCUCUUAAUUUGUUGAUCAAUAGUUCGCUUUUGUUCUCAGAAGUCAUAGUUGAGCAGUUUGCUAAGAAAUGUGAAUUGUGUUUCUGUUAGUGAACACACAAUGGCAUCCAGAGCAAUUUUGAGACGCAAGAGUUUCAUUUCUGAUUACGUACAUGCGUCAACUCGUUCAAUUCAGACUUUUCAAUACAUAGGGCAUGCAGCAGCACAAACUUUGGAUUCAAACAGCUAUAAUCAACCCGAAUCCUCAUUGGAUUUUAAUAAUAUAAAGGUAGUGGCGCGAGCAGAACUAGUUGGUUUUUCAGGUGCAGGGCUGUUUAGCACCCGUAGGUUUUGCAGUAUGAGUACAGCAGUUUUGGGUGUUGGAAAUGUGCGAUCGGAGUUUGUUUAUCCAAUGAGGUUGAUGACGGUUUCUAUUCGUAAUGCGUCCACUGCUGCUACUGCUAAGCAACCUGACUUUAGCGAUGAUGAGGAAGAUGGAGAAAUAGUUUCUAAAAGGAGAAAGGAAGCAUUGCCUGAGGAAUGUGAUCAAGCUGUUGAAGGUUUGAGUACUGCAAAAGCUAAAGUGAAAGCCAAGCGUCUGCAUGAUUCUCAAAAGGUUGCCGAAUCUGUUUUGCGGAGGACAUGGGCAAUGCUUCUGGGGGUUGGUCCGGCAUUAAGAGCUGUAGCUUCUAUGAGCAGAGCUGACUGGACCAAGAAACUUGGUCACUGGAAGCAUGAAAUUGUCUCAACGUUGAAACAUUACUGGUUAGGUUUCAAGCUUCUGUGGGUUGAUGUGAGGAUCAGUUCAAGACUGCUGUUAAAACUUGCUGGUGGAAGAAGUCUGUCUAGAAGAGAGAGGCAACAGCUAACUAGAACCACUGCGGACAUUUUUAGACUAGUGCCUUUUGCAGUUUUUAUCAUUGUUCCAUUUAUGGAAUUUCUGCUACCGGUGUUCCUAAAGUUGUUCCCCAACAUGUUGCCAUCAACCUUUCAAGAUAAGAUGAAAGAGGAGGAAGCACUCAAAAGGAGGUUGAAUGCAAGAAUAGAAUAUGCCAAGUUUCUUCAGGAUACAGUCAAAGAAAUGGCAAAGGAAGUUCAACACUCGCGGAGUGGGGAAAUCAAGAAAACUGCUGAGGAUCUUGAUGAAUUUUUGACCAAGGUUAGAAGGGGUGCAGGUGUUUCUAAUGAGGAGAUUUUGGGCUUUGCGAAGCUGUUCAAUGACGAACUAACGUUGGACAACAUUAGCAGGUCUCGGUUGGUUAGUAUGUGCAAGUAUAUGGGGAUUAGUCCCUUUGGGACAGAUGCAUAUUUGCGUUAUAUGCUCCGUAAAAGACUCCAAAGGAUCAAGAAUGAUGAUAAAUUGAUCCAAGCAGAGGGUGUGGAGUCUCUUUCAGAGGCUGAACUUCGUGAGGAUUGUAGAGAGCGAGGCAUGCUUGGUCUGUUAUCAGUGGAAGAAAUGCGGCAACAGCUUCGUGAUUGGCUUGAUCUGUCUCUCAAUCAUUCAGUUCCAUCUUCCCUUUUGAUUCUUUCAAGGGCCUUUACUGUAUCUGGAAAACUGAAGCCAGAGGAAGCAGUUCGUGCAACGCUUUCUUCUCUUCCUGAUGAGGUUGUGGAUACUGUUGGUGUUACAGCUCUGCCAUCAGAAGAUUAUGUUUCUGAAAGGAGGAGGAAACUGGAGUAUCUUGAGAUGCAGGAAGAACUUAUCAAGGAGGAGGAAGAGAAAGAGGAAGAAGAGCUUGCCUGGAUGAAAGAAUCUAGUAAAGAGGAUGUGCCGUUGAAGGAGAUGACUGCGCUAACAGCAAGUGAAGCUCAAGAAUUAGCCAGGGCAAGAACAAUGGAGAAACAAGAGCAUCUCUGUAAACUUAGUCGUGCACUUGCAGUUUUAGCUUCGGCAUCUUCAGUGAGUAGAGAACGUGAAGAGUUCUUAGGCCUUGUUAAUAAGGAGAUAGAGCUUUAUAAUAGCAUGGUAGAGAAAGAGGGCACAGAUGGUGAAAAAGAGGCUUUUAGGGCAUAUGUAGCUGCCAGAGAGGAAAGUGAUCGUGCUUCUGAAGUGGAUGAACGCGAUGAAGUUUCUUCAGCACUAAUAGAAAGGGUUGAUGCCAUGCUCCAAAAUCUUGAAAAGGAAAUUGAUGAUGUAGAUGCCAAAAUUGGUGAUCAUUGGCGAAUACUAGACAGGGAUUCUGAUGGAAAAGUUACACCUGAAGAGGUGGCAUCUGCUGCUAUGUACUUAAAGGAUACAUUGGGCGAGGAAGGUAUUCAAGAACUCAUCAGCAAUCUUUGCAAAGAUGGAGAUGGGAAGAUUCUUGUUGAAGACAUUGUCAAGUUGGGCAGUCGUUUGGAAGAUUCCAAUACAGCUGAAUAGGGAAUAGGGGAAGGCUAUAGACAUACUGAUACAACUUGCAUUUGUUUGGUCUUUCGGAUAGUACUUUAGCUGAUUAGUAGUUCAGUUGGCUGAUCAUUUGGCAUGCUGUUUGAAGCUAAGAUUAACCUCUGAAUGCUUCAAGUUCCAACUGUCAACAUUUUUGAGGCUGGCCUCUGUUACCCAGUCAUUCAUACAUAUAGAAGCAAAGGUAGAUUCUCCUGUCUUCCUUAUUAGGCAAGAAGAAAAUGUAUAUGUGCACAGAAACUCCAUUGAAGCCUUCUGUAUUUUGUAAUUACAGGUAUUUGGUGCGUUAUACAAGCCCUAUGCAUCAGAUUAAGAUCA